GCUUUUUGUCGGGAUCGUGACCGCGACGACUUCCAUAGAUUGUGGGUCAACUUCCUGGCGCCCAACUCGCCACAGCGCCUACUGGCCGCCAGCCAGCGACCCGCGCCGCCAUCCUCGCUCCCUACAGCAGCACAUGCACACCUAGCACAGCAGCCACUUCAACAGCCGCAGCACCCGCAGCUCGGGUCUGUGCUGACCGGACAAUCUUCAUCGAUGGGCGCCAUACCCACCCUGUUGCUGUCCACCAACGGUGCCAGUAUGGCCGAUCGGCUGGAUCUGUACGGCGCGUUUGCGUCGUACCUCCGUGAGCAACAG